AAAAUCAUUAAAGAGUAGCAAAGGCAAAGAAAGACAGUUAAAAAUCAGAAGAAGCCAUUAAUUGAAAUAGGUAUAAUUUUCCAUCCCUUUCCCGGGAAAACUUUUACAAAUCAAAGCAACUCUCUUUCUCUACAAAUUUCGUUGAAUCAGUCAGAGACUGUCCAUUGUACAUUUUUUGAGCUGGGUUUUCUUCAUUUUUCCAGAAUUUUGAUUCGAUUCUAAGAAGAAUUGAGAACGAAAGACGAGAUUUUUGAAGUGAUGGAUGAGAUGACGGCGACCUCUGUUACGGCGGUGGGAAAUUCGGCUGUGUCUUCUUCGACAAUCUUGACGAAUUUCCCUCUUAUUUCUGCUUUUCUUGCUUUCGUCAUGGCCCAGACCAUCAAGUUCUUCACUGCCUGGUAUAAAGAAAGACGCUGGGAUCUCAAGCAACUUGUUGGGUCUGGUGGAAUGCCAUCAUCUCAUUCUGCAACUGUUACUGCUCUUGCAGCUGCCAUUGGUUUCCAAGAAGGCUUUGGAGGAUCGGUGUUUGCUAUUGCAUUGAUCUUAGCGUGUGUUGUCAUGUAUGAUGCCACUGGUGUAAGACUACAUGCUGGACGCCAAGCAGAGGUUUUGAAUCAAAUUGUUUAUGAACUUCCUGCUGAGCAUCCUCUAGCUGAGAGCAGACCACUUCGUGAACUUCUAGGUCACACCCCUCCGCAGGUUGUUGCUGGUGGAUUGCUUGGAAUUGCCACAGGAUCUAUGGGUCAUUUGCUUAUGGUUUUGACUGGCCAUGCUUGAUGACAAAUAAUAUACCAUUUAGUAGCAUCUUUCAUGGAUGGAUCUUCACGAGUCUUUUGGACAAUACAACUCAAAGAAUCAUAACAAAACAUACAUGGUUUGUUCAGGUUUAAUUAGGAAACCCCCUUUUUGUCCAUUUUAUAGCACAUUCUUGGGUCAGAACUGUUCUUUACUUGUACAAAAAACUAGAAUUGCUCAUUGGUAAAUGUAAUUCCAUUAAUUUCUGGCUUA